AUGUCGUCCAGCAAGACCGAAACGAGUCCCGAAGCGGCUGACAACGAGAGCACAAUAUUGGAGAGCGUCAAGACGUGGACAUUUGCCCAGUUGCUGGCCAGUUCGUUUGCCAAAGCGUCACUCAAAGACGAGGACGAGGACGAGGAUCCGGUGGCGGUGACUAGUGAGAGGACACUGAAAAAAAACGAUGAACGAAGCAAAGGGGGAGUGGAAAGCAAUGACUGGGACUGUUCGUACAGUUGCUUGCAGCCAGUUGCAAGUGCGAGGACAACGUCGUCGUCAGUGGAGGGGCCCCAUACAACGGACUGGGACUGCCCGUACAACCGUCCCAAGCCUGCAGCAUUGCGACCAAGGGUCUCAGCGUCGUCGUCGUCAAGCACGUUACUGUUAGACGCGGCGGAGUUGGGUCACUCGAUUGACGAACUCCUUGACGACAUUGAGACCGCGGAUGAAAGGACGGAAGAGGAAGUUACAGGCUGUCGAGCUCUCACGCGUCACGUGUUUGACAUUGUUCGAAUCAUUGGCUCUGGAACUUAUGGCACGGUGCUUCUGUGUCGUUUACGUGCGUGCCCUGACCGUCUUUUUGCGGUCAAGGUAGUCUACAAGUCAAAGCUAGGCAGCUUCAACGGUCUAGACGGCGACGGGAACCCGACUCGAGAGGCCAAACGCUUGUUGACAGAGAAGGAGGUGCUGUGCUCGGUGGACCAUCCGUUCAUCAUCAAGAUGUUCUGUUCGUUUGAAACUCCGGACGCGCUCAACUUUGUGCUUGAGUACUGUCAUGGCGGAGACAUGUACUUCUUGCUUGAAAAGUGUCCACACAACCGCCUUGCUGAAGACCACGUGUUGUUCUAUGCGGCUUCAAUCGCGCUCGCCUUGCAUUAUCUGCACGGACGUGGCAUUCUGUAUCGCGAUCUAAAGCCCGAGAACAUCUUGCUUGACGAGGCAGGUUUUGUUCGUCUCGCUGAUUUCGGCUUUGCUCGCGAGCACGUGCAUCGAUUGGAUCAGAACUGCUCUAGUUUCUGCGGAUCAGCUGAUUAUGUCGCUCCUGAAGUGAUACGCGGUGAUGGCUAUGGCCUCGCCGCUGAUCUGUGGAGCUUCGGAUGUGUAGUAUAUGAAUUGCUGACGGGCUAUCCUCCAUUCUACUCACCGCGCGAUCGUGCCUCACUCUUUCGCAAGAUCAACGAGGAGGAGCCACGCUUUUCCGAUCGUUUUUCACCCGAGCUCUGCGACUUCCUAUCGGGGUUGCUGCACAAAGACGUAUGCCAACGUCUAGGCAAUGGUCCAAAUGGCAUGCAGGACAUUUUCGACCACCCAUUCUUUGCAAGUAUCAGCUGGAACCGACUUGAGACGAAGCGUGUAAAGCCACCGAUCGUGCCAAAGUUGGCGAGCAAACUGGACACGUCUAAUUUUGAAGACCAGUUCACUUUGCAGCAGGUCAAAGGCCACCUUGAGUAUAAGGAACCAGGACCGCGCGACACGGAAAACCAGCUCUUCUUAGGAGAAUUUGACUGGUGUGCCGAUGCGUCUCAUUUCCAAUAA